GCCGGGAUAAGUGCAUGCUAACCGGGAGCAGGUAUCUGAGAGCUGCUGCUGUCUGUCGCCUCGUCUGUCUGUGGCGGAGCUGCAGAGGUGUGUUGAUGACAAAUCUGCCAACAGAUCCGAGCCACGGUGCGCUAACAGCUCUGCGGCGGACGAGACGUGCCGCUGCUAAACCCGCAGCUAGGAGUUUGAUCAGGCCAAAGCCUCGUGUUUGGCCGGUUUGAAUAUGGCUCUGUCAUUCCUUUUGGUCUUGGCUGCUACUGUGAUUCUUAUCAGACCUGAGACACCUGUAACUAAGGCCCUACAUCAGAACUCCCUCGAAUGUUGUGGCGAGAAACAGAGAGCGAACAAUUCCUGCUCCAAUGACACUCACUGUGAACCAGGAUGCUUCAUGCGCGUCCUUGAGAACAGCAACACUGUGUGUAUAUUCUGUGACUCGGCAGCUGUGGAUUUAGAGAACAUAACAGUCUGCACCUACAAUUAUACAUUGGAGCGUAAAAAUCAUACAACAGUAACUACUGUCAUUCCUAAAAUUGGAGGUCCCGGUGUGGCAGCCUCUCUUCUUCUGGGAACACUGUUGAUCAGCCUGUUUCUGAUCCUCUCUGUUGCCUCUUUUUUCUACCUCAAACGCUCCAACCGGCUCCCGAGCAUCUUCUACCGACGCAACAAGGCCUUCAUAUUCCAACCAAGUGAAACCGCUGUCAUGAUCCCCUCCUCAUCAGUGAGGAAGCCAAGAUAUGUGAGAAGGGAGCGGCCCUCUGCAACAUCAACACUGAACAGUGCCACGAUAACCACAACAUCCACAACUCAAGACUAUAAUGUGUAGGAGGACGGGUGGGAGGUCUGCUGCAGGUAGGAGAGAGAGCUCAGGAAUGAUGUGAGACUUUAUCAUGUGAAGAAAGACCAGCUGACUCUAAUGAGGGUGGCCAAAUUAAACUGUUGCUGCUUCUGCCGCAUUCGCGUCACUGGAGCUGCUACUUUUUCUGCUUUUAAUAAGAGUAUGUUUCUGGAAAAAGCAUCCAGCAGCUAACUUGUCAGUCCUCCUGGCGCUCUGAAUUGUCUUUGUUCAGCAGACACACGAUAUAUCUGAGGAUGAAUAGUUUCAGUAUUUGUAAGUUGGUUGGUAUUCUCAGUUUUGAAUGAGAGAGAGGAUGACUGCUUAGUUUUUAUCUGAUGUUCAGAAGUGUGAGUUCAGUGGCAAUAUCUAGACAUAUGAGGAACUUGGUAAACGUGUCUGUUAAAGGAAUGCUUUGAAAUAAUUAGAUGAGACUAUCAAUACCAGUGUCAUCUCUAUUUGGAAAAUAUGAAGCUGCUACCAGAAGCCGUGUAGCUUAGCGCAGUACAAAGACCCUUUGAACCGACCCUGGCUGACUGUUUCCAGUCAAAGCUAAGUUCACAUAACUGGCUUCUGGCUGCAGCUUCAUCUGUUUAAGAUACGAGAUUUGUAUAGAUUUUUGUCGUCUAACUCUCUCUAAGUAUAUUUCCCAAAAUUUCAGAUUAUUCCGCUAAAGCAAAGACAAAUCAGGCCAGUGACCAAGUUUAGCAACAGUGGGGGUUUUUUUGAGACAAAGUGACAGCCAAGUAACAUUUAAUGGACGUCUGAUCUGCUGAUCAUGAUGGUUUUACACGUGUGCUAUUUAUUUGACUUUGUGCACUGAGUUUUACUGCGUAGAUUUGGGCCAAAACAAUAAAUGAUGUGUCUGAUAGCGUUAGAGUUCCUCUGGUGGACCAGGAUGUUUUAGGAAUUGAUGUUUGUUUCUUUGCGUUUUGUAUUUUUGUUGUUGCCGUUGUGUUUAUUAUUUUUGUGAUCAACCAAGGUGAAUGUAUUUCACGUGCACAACAAAUCGUGUAUUGCAGCUGCAUCCUGCAUUUAUUGCAUUCUACAUUCACACCCACUCAGUCAUGAAAAGAGGAAAUUUUCAAUAUCAAAAUCUUUUUUUUUUUUUUUUUUUUUAAAAAUUCUGUGAUCCUGCUGAAGCUGUUAAUUUUAAAUCCCAACAGAUUUUACCCUCAAAAUAAAUGAAUCUUCGUGCACUUUAUUUAUCUGAGGUCUUCAGCUAACGUUGGACCUUAAUUUUUAAAAGAAACGCUCAAAAUAACUUGUUGCCAUCGAGUGUGAUUGAGAUUUUUGUUGUUGUGUAGGUGGCAACAUUGGAGUUGCAUUAUGAAUGUUACUUGACUACUAUUACCUUUGCCAAAUGUCUGAAGAAAAUGGCUUUUACUGUACGCCAUUACUGUGAUUACUGUGCCAUUAUGAGCUUUAAGUGCAGCCAGGAAGCUUUUAAUCAUGACGUAUCUGUGAUGAAUAAUUGGGUAUUUGAAUUACAUCCAGUGGCCUUUACUGUAUCUACAAUCCUAACCUUAUCCGAGUUUUAUUUGCUCCACGGUAUUUUAUUCCAUAAAGUAUUUAUUCCAUAUCUUGACAACCCUAUGGCUGUGAGAAUAAAAAGUCAUUUCCAUCUUCAGUAUAUGUGGAGCAAUCUGAAGUGACCCAGAUAAAAGGCAGCAAUCAUUCCAUUAAUAUUCCCCCAUUUUGCUUUGUGUCUUUACUGUUGUGCAGACAACCAUAAGAUGACUACAUGUACAUACUGUUUUAUACAAAUGAUGUAUUGUUUUUCUAAUGAUGUACAUAUUGUAGUUUCAGUGCCAUGAAGAAAGUUCAGAAGCUGUACGUACUGUUUGCAGAAAUAAAGCACCUUUCCAUAA